AUGAGCGAUGCAGCGUCAAACGAACGUCGACUGCGAGAACUUGUCCAAUGGAACAGCGUGUUCACACAGCGCCUCUUCGGAGAGCCCGGGAGGAGCGCCCUGCGCCCUCAGCGACCGAAAGCAGGUGCAGAUGUACCCGACUGGCUGACGAAGCUACGCGGGACGCUCUCGACACAACCGGCAACGGCGGCGGGGGUGCACGAACCCCCUCGAACCGGUCCGGGUGUGGUGGUGCAGGCAGCCGCGACAUGGGCGCUCUCACCGGCCACCAGAAGCACCUGGUAUCCCUGGACUUUAUACAGACAAGUCUGGGUGGAAAAUAGCUGGCCCGUUGCGCUUGAUGUCGCCAGCGAUAACGUCACCUUCGCAGCCGGUGUCUGGGAUCGAAGCAUCCGACUCUUUGAUCUGGCCAGUGGGCUUGUUGUUCAUACGUUUCGCUCCGAGUCGCAGCUGCUGGGACCCGUUCGAGUGCUGCGUUUCGCGGAGUCAGCACCACAUCUUCUGUACAGUGGUGCCGCUGAUAAACGCGUCCUCGCAUGGGAUACGCGUACCGGUCGCAUUGCACUACGUCUGGUAGGUCACCGGGCGAGUGUGGACGCCCUCGCAGUCCAUCCGCGGUUGACACAUGUACUCUUCUCGGGGAGCGCAGACGAGAUGAUUCGCGUGUGGGAUACCCGCGUCGGGGGCCAAUGCAGUGUCCACGAGUUAGGCGGUCAUCGGGGCGGAGUGCGUUCGCUUGUUGGUCGAGCACUCGAACCGCAGCUGUUAAGCGCCAGCGACGACUGUACGAUUCGAAGCUGGGAUAUUGUGAAGGGUGUCGCCGCUGGUGUCUGCACACGCCAUGCGAAGCCAGUCAUUGGCCUGUCGAGCUGCUGGCUCGAGACUGAUCUCACAGAAAGCGAGCUUGAGCGGCUCGUGUCCGUGAGCGCCGACGGUGCGCGAAUGUGGAAGCUGCCCGCUGUGCAACUCGUGGACGAGAUUCCUGGACCAGCGCCGACCCUCAGCACGGCUGCCGUGAGUGAAGAUGGCCAGUUGGUAUGCGGCGACCUCGACGGGCAACUGCACUGGUGGAACGCUGCCCAGCGGUGUUGGCAGAGCCAGAGUGCUGCGCCCCAGGCCACCUCAGGCGUGACUUGUUCAGUCGGGGCACGCGUACCGGCUGUCGUGCUUUGUAUUGCGUUCGACCGCUCGGCGACUCGUCUGCUCACUGGAUGUCAUGAUGGAGCGAUACGCAUGUGGCGUCUCCAUGACGAGUACCGCUGA